AUGUUGCGUCAGCUUCCGCCAACAGUAACGGCGGAUCAAACUCCGGAUUGGCUUCCCGUCGGCUGGAUUGUUCAUUCUACAGUCCUAAAACGCGGUCGCCAAACAAGGACUUACACACAUUUGGGAACGGGCAAAAAGUUCUCCACCAAGGAUCAAGUUCUUGAGUACAUUAAAAUGCAGAAGAUUCGAGAGGAAAGAGAAUUUGGAGUCCACAGAAGGAAAUUAAAAGCCUCUCAAGACAGAGAGGCUGCAAUAGAAACGCCUUCUUGGCUUCAAGAUUAUUGGAAAACUGGUUCUUAUAGUGGAAAUCAAUCUAAUACGAUAUCUGAGAACGUGUCAAAUGUUCCACAAACCAAUUCAAAGCUAGAAGCAUCUGAGAAUCAGAACGAUAUGGAAUCUGAAUCUUCGUCUGAGGAUAACGAGGAAACCGGAUGUAAUCAGAUUGCAUAUAUAAUUGAUGAGUCGGAAGAAGAUCUCUCAGAGACUGAGUAUUUCGAGUACAAAUGUUCCCAAGCGAAUGUAGAGACUCCUAUACGGUCACAGCCGGAGAGAAUGAAGAAAUUGGACUCCAGAGCAAAGACACAAUGUGUGUUUGAAGAUGAGGAAAUGAAUAGUGACGGUGAUAAGAAACUUCCAGAGUCUAAAGAAGAAGCUCAUCUUGAAGAGCAAAACUUGCAUGAUGCUGUGGUUGAAUAUGGCGAUAAGGAGAGGGAGAUUUUUCCGGGUUUAACUGGAACAUUUAGUAUCGAAAUCAAUCUGGACCCAAGUGAUUGUUUGGUGGAGAAGGAUUUGAAUAAAAGUUGGACAGAAGGAAUAGAAACAAGAAACGUUGACAUCAGAGACGAGCAAGGCAAUGACUUGAUGCACAUGAAUGCACCAUCAUCAAAGGUUGUUGAAGAGUCUCAAGAAUCUGGAGAUAAGAGUGAAGAGCCAUCAAAAGUUGUUGAAACGACUCAGGAAUCAGGAGAUAAGAGUGAAGAGCCUCUUGAGGCUCAAGCUGCUCAGGAAGAAACAGCUAACGAGUCGAGAAGAUCGGUCUUCUUUCCAGACAGAGAAGCUCCUCCACAUUCUUUACUUGUCUUUGGCAAUUCCAAUGCUGCAGAUGAUCUCAUCAACACCAUUACUACGCCAGAAAAGAACAUCAGUGGUGGCUCUAUAAAGCGGGGGGAGAAGAAGGCGAAACCAUGUUCAUCUAAGAACAUCAAGAAGAAAGACACUGAACAGAAAAAACCUCAGAACGAAGAAAAGGGAAGUUCUUCGAGUGUAUCCAUGGAGAAAGAAACUAUUGAUUGGCCUAAACCGUGCCCGUACUUCGCAUUCGAGCCUAUCACAAGAUCAUUUCAAGAAGAGGAUGACUCUGUGAUCCGCAGGUACCUUGAGCAACACGUUACAGCUGCAUCAGGGAGUGCUGUUGAUGAUAGUAAUAGAAGGCCUUUACCCGAUUUCGGACUCCCUUGCUUCUCCAAGAUCAAGAUCUCAUCACUGAACGAAGAAGAACCUGAAUCCAAGAAAAUGAAGUUUCCUGAUCCUCCUCCAUGUGUACAAUUUGCAAGUUCAAGCUUAGAUGGUUGCAGUUUCAGGAAACGGACAGUUGCAGGAAACUAG